GUGGACCAGCCCAUUUAGGCCAUUUUCGUAAUAAAUUGAAACAGGCUUGCCAAGACUGAAGACUCCAACUAUACAACUACCUAAGCAUAAAUUAAGCUACCUUUAUAGGGGAUAAGUUGUAUACCUGUUUGUGAUGGGUGUGCCGAAGUUUUAUCGUUGGAUAAGUGAACGUUAUCCUUGUCUUAGCCAAGUAGUGACGGAUUAUCAGAUUCCUGAGUUUGACAAUUUUUAUCUUGACAUGAAUGGGAUAAUUCAUUCUUGCUCACAUCCUAAUGACAAUGAUCCUUUGUUUCGUAUCUCAGAUGAAAAAAUUUUUAGUGAUAUUUUUCAUUACUUGGAAGUUUUGUUUCGUAUAAUUAAACCUCAAAAAGUAUUGUUUAUGGCCAUUGAUGGAGUAGCACCACGUGCUAAGAUGAAUCAACAAAGGGGGAGGAGAUUUAGGUCGGCUAAAGAAGCGGAGGAGCAGAUGAAAAAAGCUAUCAUGAAAGGAGUUGAUUUACCAUCUGAUGCCCGGUUUGACUCUAACUGUAUCACUCCAGGUACACUGUUUAUGGCAAGACUUAGUGACCACCUGAAAUAUUUCAUUAACCAAAAGCUGUCUACUGAUGAAUCCUGGCAGAAAGUAGAAAUUAUUUUUUCUGGGCAUGAAGUACCGGGAGAGGGAGAGCAUAAAAUUAUGGAUUUUAUUCGAUACAGCAAAGCUCAGCCUGAUUAUGAUCCAAAUACUCGACACUGUCUCUACGGUCUGGAUGCAGAUCUGAUUAUGCUAGGCAUGGCGACACAUGAACCUCAUUUCUCUCUUUUGAGAGAAGAAGUCAAGUUUGGAAAAAACCAAAAGAAGCAAGCUUCUGUUGACACCAUUACUUUUCACCUUCUUCAUCUAUCUAUUUUGAGGGAAUAUCUGUAUUAUGAGUUCUGUUCCAUUAAGGAUCACAUACCAUUUUCAUUUGACCUAGAGGCCAUAAUAGAUGACUGGAUAUUUAUGGGUUUUAUGGUAGGGAAUGAUUUUAUACCACAUUUACCAAAUAUGCAUAUUAAACAAGAGGUUCUUCCCUUUUUGUACAAAAUUUAUAAGGAAACCUUACCUAAAUUAAAUGGUUAUAUUAAUGAAAAUGGUAAGCUUAAUAUGGAAAGGGCUGAGGAAUAUUUCUCAGCUGUUGCUAAAUUUGAUGAAGACCAUUUUUCUGAUAUCAUUUCUGACAUAAAGUGGAUGGAGUCUAAGAAGCAAAAGCACAAACAAAGUAGUUCACCUGAUGAUACUUCUGCUCAUAGUAUGCCAUUUUCUGGUACUGUAAAUGAAACAGAAGUUGAUGAGAAAUUAAAGAGAGAUCUUGGCAUAUCUGACCUUGAGGAUUAUUUUGAGAAAGAAGAUAUAGAUGCAUCUGAUCAGUUUAUGGCAGAUUUCUCUUCCUUUAAAGCUCAGUACUAUAGUGAUAAAUUUAUGUUAACAGAUGUGUCUACUCCUGCUAUUAAUGAAAUAGCUAAGUGCUAUGUUGUUGGUAUUCAGUGGAUAUUGAGUUAUUACUAUACUGGGGUACCGUCAUGGAGCUGGUUUUAUCCUUAUCAUUAUGCCCCAUUUGUGUCAGAUCUUAAAGUAGUUGGUGAUAUGACAAUUGACUUUCAACUUGGUGUACCAUUUCUUCCCUUUGAGCAGUUGCUUGCUGUUUUACCAGCAAAUAGCAAAUCCCUUUUGCCUGAAGCUUAUCAGAGUUUAAUGGUGAACACUGAUUCUCCAUUACUUGAUUUCUAUCCUGCUAAUUUUGACAUUGAUUUAAAUGGAAAGCAACAUGACUGGGAAGGUGUUGUAUUGAUUCCUUUUAUUGAUGAGGAACGCCUACUUCAUGCAAUGAAGCCACUUAGUGCAUACCUGAAUGAGGAUGAAAUUAGAAGGAACUGUCAUGGGUCUUGUUUUGUGUAUCGUUAUGUGAAAAGUGCUCCUUCAUUAAUUUAUCCAUCACCUUGGCCUACUAAAUUUCCUGAUAUUCAAAAUUGCAAAGCAAAGUGCUUGACAUUAUCCUCUACUGCUUAUAAAGUUGAAGAAUCAGAAUUAGUCUUUGGCCUGUGUCCUUCUGUGAAGCUGGAUGUAUUUUUCCCUGGUUUUCCUACUCUAAAACAUGUGAAUCAUGAGGCUUUUUUUGAAAGCAGAGGUAUUCGAGUUUUUCAGACCCUUAGCAGAGGAGAAAGUGUAUGUCUUCGUGUAAAGCAAAAUGCAUCCACAUUGAAGGAUGCAGUUGAUAUUGCUGAGGAACUCAUUGGUCAUGUUGUCUAUGUGCGUUGGCCAUAUCUUAUUGAGUCUAAAGUGUGUUCAGUCUCUGAUGGGGAAGUUACUUAUUAUAAUGAUAAAAUGAGACAUAGUGGAAAUAAAGGUCGAGUAGUGCAACGAGCUCUCACUGAUGAAGAUAAAAAACUUUGGAGGGAUGCAAUUGUCACUCUCAGUAAAGAGUCGAGUUCUAGACGAGGUAUUGAUAUUGGUGAUAUACAGGUAUUAGUAUAUGUUGAGGAGCUUCAAGGAAAGAGAUAUGUGUGUGAUAAAUCUGGUCCUAGAGGUAUCAUGUCACUAGAGAAGCAGUGGAGUGCUAGUUCUACACCUUACCCUUUGCAAACUAUAGUUCGGAAUAUUACUGAUUCUGCACCCGAAUAUUGUGAUAAAUUGAAGACACUUGAUGAAUUAUUUGAAAUUGGUACUCAGUGUUUCGUAUUAUAUCCCCCUUAUUAUGGUGAACAGGCUGAAAUUGUGUCAGUAGAUCUUAAACGCAACAAAAUUGGUGUUCAAUUUUCUUUAGUUACAGAACCUGACUUGUCCUUUGCUAUUCGUAAUUAUGACAGACUGAAUACUCAAUAUUGCUCCAUUGGACAAAUGGCUCAGAGGUUGAAUCUAGAUCCAGUUUUGGUGGCUCGUAUUACCUCUUCAAUAUAUUGUGAGAAAGGAUCAUCUGAAAACAAGAAGGAACGUGAACGAAUUAAUAUAGGCCUAAAUAUGAAGUUUUCUACUCGCAACAAAGAGUUGGUUGGAUAUGCUAAAAGGACUAAUAGAGGAACCUGGUUAUUGUCACCAUCUGCUGAGAGUAUUUUAAUUGAAUAUAUGCAAAAGUUUCCACUGAUGUUUUCUGUGUUGAAUAGUCACCCAAGAAAUGACAAGUAUUAUGAGGCUGACCUAUUCUCAGCUGAUAAUCCCAAUGAAUCAAUAGCUUGUGUUAAAGAGUGGCUUAAGUCUCUUCCUAUCAAUGACCUAACUCCAGUGGAAUGUGGUAGUGAUACUCUUAAUACUUUCCAUAUUGAAAACAUUGAAAAAUCAGUUAAUUCUGUUAAGGUUUUGAAAUCAAAGAAGUUUCUUACAUUGAAAUACAAUCCAUCUCAACUUUACAAACCAGGUGAUCACCAGGGAGGUUUGAUACCAGACGAGCAUUCUGAUUAUUACCUGUUUGAUCGAGUAGUUAAUGUUGCUAGUAAUGGAGUGGUUCCUUUUGGUUUAAGGGGCACUGUGACUGGAAUAUCAGGAGAUGGAAAAGAUAAUAAGACAUUGUAUGAAGUCAUUUUUGAUGAGGAGUUUCUUGGAGGUUUAUCACUUCGUUGUUCAGGUGCAAAAGCAUAUCAUUUACCUCCUUCUUGCCUCUUAAAUUUAUCAUAUGGCAAAAGAUGGGAAAAUGAGAGUAAACCCAUGGGUCAUUCAACCAGCAGUUAUACACACUCUAGUGGACCUGUUUCUGAUAAACCUGUUAUGCCUCCUAGUUACUCUGAUGUAACUUCCUCUAAAUCGAACCGAAGCAGGUCAUAUAAUGAAGUCAAGCCAUUUUCUCGUGCAAAAGAUUUCGUUGGAACAAGAAGUAUGGAAGGUAGAACUUUAGCAUUAAGUUCUAGAAAUGAAGGAAAGAAGAUAUUGGCUAAAAGAAAAGAAAACGUGACUAAAGCUUCUGAAUUCGAUCUAAUGAGGAAAUCAAUGGACAAUCCAAGUUCUGCCCCUCGUUUAGUUACACCUCUUGAAAUGUCUCGUCCUCCUCAACAAUCUCUUGGCACUAAUGUGCCUCAUCCUGUCAUGAUUAAUAAUUUGUCUGACAAAGAUUUAGAAUUACACGGCAGUGCUAUGACUACUAGUAUAAAUGAUUCUAGUCCGGAUAUUUCUCCUCUAACCAUUUCCGAUCCAGCCCUAAGCAGUACAUGUAAUCAGGAUUCUGCAACUAGUACUUCUUUAUCGCCAUCUGUGGCUGCUAUAUUUAACCUGAAAGAACUCAAAACAGUUCCGCUCUCAUCAGACAAGUAUCAUAAGGAAGAUACUGCUGAAUGCACACCCUCUGUUACAAAGCAUUCUGGUUUCAUCAAGUUUUCAUCUUCCUUUGCCCCUUCAGUUGCAGCUGUAUUUGAUGCAAGUGCUGAAGCUAAUACCAGCCAAAAUAUACAUGUACAUGCAUCAAAAAAUCCAGUGUCAUCUGGUUCUUCUAAUGUUUCCACUUUUGCUCCAUCAGUUGCUGCAGUUUUUGCUCAUCAUGAAUCUGAUAAAAAUGAUCCAGCAGUACCAACAUUUUCUUCUGAAAAGAAACAGCAAGAAGUCAAUCUAAAAAGCCUUUUAGGCAUAUCUCCUACACAGCAAAUGCAGAAACCUUUUGCUCACUUCUCACAGACACAAAGUCAGCCAAAAUUGCAACCACCCAGACCUAGAGGACCAAGUGGUGGUGUCUACUCAUAUCCCAAUGGUCCAAUCAUGAGUACUGGUUUUCCUGUUACAGGCAUAUCGUCUCAGCAUCCUCCAAACCAUUCUGUCAGGCCAUAUGUGCCAUACAGGCCAUAUACUAAUCCAAUGGAAUUACGUCCAGUAUCUCAUGCCUAUCCUACAAUGUGGCAGCAUCCUCCAUUACAACCUCCUUAUUAUUUUAAGGCACCACCUACAGUUCCAAUAAUUAAUGCUCCACAUCCACGUGGUCCUUCAAUACCACCAUAUAGAUCAUCUCUAAAUCCACAUUCCAUUCCUUUCACUCCACCACAGGUCUUAUUAAAACAUGGCGCUAAGUUGUCAUCUCAUAUUCCUUCUCAGGAAGAUGAGGAACGCCCAAUGACUCAACAUUACAAUACACCAAGUCGUGUAGAAGCAAAAGAAGUAGAGGCUAUUGAGGCCACAAUUUCAUCUAAAGAGGAGACUCCACAUGUGGUUGGCACUAUAAUUCCUGACAUCUAAGCUAUUGCAAUUUUGCAUAUUAAGUAUCACUUGAUGUGAUCUUCACUAUUAAAAAAAAUAAUUAUUUUCUUUAUAAUUAAGAAUUAAUUUUUGAAAACCACCUCUAUUGAACAUUGCACAUAACUAACAAUAAUGUAUAGGUAUAAAUUGUGCCUAGAUCACUUAGGCUUAUUUAUGCAUGACAGUUUAUCCACAGUUGUGCUGCUCAAAAUAAUGACACAAUUAUUGAGUAACAACUUUUAAAAUAAAGAAUACACAUUGUGACAAGUAUAAGUACAUGUCAUUACAACUAUAGCAAAUAAAA